UCCACUUUUUGAGUGGGAUUUGGGUGUAUAUAAACGCCUCUUUCCCUUCUUUACCUAUUCCAUCGCCAUUUCUUCAUUCUUCAUUCUUCAUUCUUCACCAUUACUGCACCACAGCAGCUCCUCUCCUUCACAUUUCUCCUUCCGAGAGAAGAUGAGCAGACCAGGAGACUGGAAUUGCAGGUCGUGCCAGCACUUGAACUUCCAGAGGAGGGACACGUGCCAGCGCUGCGGCGACCCCAAGAGCGGCGGCGCUGAUUUUGGCGGUCUAAUGAACGGCGGCGGAAGAGGAGGCUCCGCAUUCGGCUACGGCGGCUCCGACGUCAGGCCCGGAGACUGGUACUGUACCGUCGGCAAUUGUGGAGCCCACAAUUUCGCUAGCCGCUCGAGCUGCUUCAAAUGCGGUGCCUUCAAAGACGACAUGUUGGGUGGAGGCUUCGACUUCGAUCUUCCUCGCUCCAGAGGAACCUCCUUCGGCUUUGCCAAUGGCACCGGUGCUGGCGGCCGAACUGGUGCCUCUGCCUGGAAGUCUGGAGACUGGAUUUGUGCCCGGUCGGGAUGCAACGAACACAACUUUGCAAGCAGAAUGGAAUGUUUUAGAUGCAGUGCUCCGAGAGACUCGUACUAACGGAGCUAGUCAAGCCAAGAUCCUCCGUCAUCAAGUUUUGGGUAAUGUUUCCAACUGAGCAAAUUUCAAAGAGUCACUUCAUAACCUGCAUUAGCUUUCUUCUUCUUCUCUCUGUCUGUCUCUUUUUUCUUUUUUAGUUUUUGUUUUUUUUUUUGUAACUUUUUCUUUAAUUUCUGGGUGCCUGUUAUUCCUGUGCUGAAAAUUUGAGAUAUUGUCCAAAAUCAAUGUUCAUUAUCAGCUGCUGUAAUAUCUCUUAAUUAA